AUGACCGAACAAAAAUUAGAACCGGUUGCAGAAACUAUCAGGGAAAAAUCUAUGCGUAUAUCUGAAGCAAUGGGGCAUGUCAGAAGUCGAGUGUAUGGUAUUAUUCUAUCACUUUAUACCCAAACAUUUCAUUUCAUUCAAGUCGCAACAGGACCGAUCUAUCAUACAUUCAAGUCUUUCUGGAUCAAUUUCCCACCUUUUCGUUGGUUUAUCUAUACUAUCCUCUCUUUUAACGCGAUCCCUCUCACUAUUUUUGCGGGAUGGAUUCUUUUAACUUUUGCAUUUGUGUUGGCUCUAGCUGGUGUUGGUAUUGUGAUCUCUCAAGGCCUCUUUACAAUCGUGGGUUUAAUCGUUUUCCUGCCUGUGGUCGCUAUUCUUGUUCUGGUCGCUUUCGUAUGUGUAACGUUUAUGACUUUGGCUUGGGUCGGAUUUAAAAUCAGUGGUUCUGUACAAAAUUUCAUCGGUAUUACUUCACAAGAACUUGCUGUUGAUUUAAAAGGGAUCACGAAAGGGAUGAAAGACGUUGUUACAAAACGCCCAGCUGCUUAA